GAGGGAGCAAUCGAGAGAGGGGAGUGGAGAGGAGGAGAGCAGCACAACAGCCUGAACAUUGUGGUGCGCUGAAUAACAGUGGGAGAACAGGGAGGAGAUCUGACAGAAGGAGAAAAGCACCAGGAGAAGAAGAAGAGGACACUGGACUGGAAAUGAAAAAUUAACUAGAGAGAGAAAGAGCGUGAAGGAAAGAGCCGGCAGCCAAAGAGGUCAGAUAGUUGAACACCAGACAGAUGAAAGUGUUUUCCUUCCUAGGAGGAGCUGUAAGUUUUGGUGUGUGUGUGUUUCAACGUGAAUUAUAUAGAUGGAGACACAACACCUGUUAUUGCGAGAUGAUGGGGUGUAACAGUUUUCAGCUUGCGUGUGUUGGACUGUCUCUGCAGCAUUUUGCCUACCUGCACGCAGUUUGACCUUCCUUAGUCAGCAAGCAGAGUGUGACUGCGGAGAGAGAAAAAGAGCGAGAACGGAGGAGAGGUGGAGAGAGGGAGUGUCUACAGGAAAACAGAGACAGAGGGAGAGACAGUGUGUUAAAGUGGAGUAGUAGCCAAGGGAGUUGUUGCAUUGUGAUUAGUGUGCCUGUGCAGUUUGCGCUGUCCUCCCUAUGUAAGACUCUUUCUCUUCUGCACGGGGCUGUCCUGGAGAUACAGAUACAGCCUGAAGAUUGGAUUUUGCCGUUAAACAGCUACAACUCCUGAAGCCCAGGUCCCACCCAGACUGGACCGAAGUGAUUUCCACUCCUCAACAAGGCCCGGAUCUUUUUUCUACCCCCGUCUCUUUGUGAAAUGUAUUUUUGAAUUUUUAAUCGCACUUCCAACCGUAGUGUUUUUGAAUCCUCUGGAACAAUGGAUGUGCCAGGCAACCCCCAGGGGUGCCCUGCUGCUCGUGCUCCCACCGCGGGAGACCCAAGGAUAGGGGAGGCUAGAGUGGGAGAGGGGAUAAGAAUCGGGGAGAGAGACACCCCACUGAGGCUGUCACCUUUCCGUAUGCUUCGAGUGCUGGACUCAUGCCGUCCUCCAGGAAACCGUAUUGGUAUCGUUCAUGAGAAUGUGAAGAUGGGUUCAGAUGGGGAGAGUGACCAGGCAUCUGGGACGUCUUCUGAUGAGGUCCAGAGUCCAGUUAGGGUUCGUAUGAGGAACAACCACCAUCGGCGCAUCUCUAACGAGGACAUAAACAAACGUUUGUCCCUCCCAGCUGAUAUCAGGCUACCGGAGGGCUACUUGGAGAAGUUUGCCAUGAACAGCCCGCCUUUUGACAAGCCCAUGAGCCGCAGGCUACGGCGUGCUUCACUGUCUGAAAUCGGCUUUGGGAAACUUGAGACCUACAUCAAACUGGACAAACUAGGGGAGGGGACCUACGCCACAGUGUUUAAAGGGCGAAGCAAGUUAACAGACAACUUAGUAGCCCUGAAAGAGAUCCGACUGGAGCACGAGGAGGGUGCGCCCUGCACAGCUAUCCGGGAAGUGUCUCUACUGAAAGACUUGAAGCACGCCAAUAUUGUCACUCUCCAUGACAUUAUCCACACUGACAAGUGCCUGACACUCGUGUUUGAGUACCUGGAGAAAGAUCUGAAGCAGUACAUGGAUGACUGUGGGAGCAUCAUGAGUGUUCACAAUGUCAAGAUAUUCCUAUUCCAGCUGUUGCGAGGUCUGGCGUACUGCCACAGAAGAAAGGUCCUCCACAGAGACCUCAAACCCCAGAACCUCCUCAUCAAUGAAAAAGGAGAGCUCAAACUGGCAGACUUUGGUUUGGCACGAGCCAAGUCUGUCCCUACAAAGACCUACUCCAACGAAGUCGUAACACUAUGGUACCGACCACCAGAUGUGCUUCUGGGCUCCACUGAGUAUUCUACACCUAUUGAUAUGUGGGGUGUGGGCUGCAUCUUUUAUGAAAUGAUCACUGGCAGACCUCUCUUCCCUGGAUCGACUGUGGAGGACGAGCUUCACCUCAUAUUUCGCAUCCUCGGUACUCCUACAGAGGAGACUUGGCCUGGUAUCACCACCAGUGAAGAGUUUAAGACAUACAACUUCCCACGAUACCACGCAGAGCCUCUCGUCAACCACGCACCCAGGAUAGACAACGAUGGUCACGACUUGCUCUCAGUGCUUCUACAGUUUGAGGCUAAGAAGCGGGUAUCAGCCGAGGACGCUCUCAGACACUCGUAUUUCCGAGCUUUUGGCGAGCAGGUUCAAAACCUGGCGGACACUGCAUCCAUCUUCUCUGUAAAAGGCAUUCAGCUCCAGAAAGACCCAGGGAAGAGAUCCUCAGUCUACCCAGAGUCAACGAUGGCCCAUAGGCUAGGCUCUGCACCCUCGCAGUACUUCCAGAGAGAAGCAGCCAAUCCCAGGGCUCAGAGUCACAAUCUCUCCUCCACUUCCACUGGCUGAGUGGCCCCUACCGUUCUGCCCAGGGGAAGAGCAGGAGGCAGAGUGUGUUGUUUUAGUGCUGGCGGGGGCGCUGAGGUGAGGAGGACGGUGACACGUGGAGCUGUCCUGUCGGACAUACAUUCACUGACCCUGCCACACACACACUGAAGGAGCGACACACACCCUGCCGCAAAAACACACACACACACACACACACACAGAAGAAGAAGAAAACACACACGUACACACCAACAUGGAAACAAAACCACACAGAAUUUAGGUUGAACAAUUCAUACUUGACGAUAAAAAAAAAUAAAUAAAUAAAGACUGAGCUCAACCCUAAAGACAGAAAAAUAAGUGACGAGAGAAGUGCGGAGAUUCUGGAGGAAUGGUGGGAGAGUACAAGAUUCUCCUUGCUGCUACUACCGCUGCUGUCCAGAAGAGGGCAGCGUUCAGGACGUGGGCCGACUCGGCUCUUUUUUUGAACAGAACUUGCUUUGCUGCAUCAGUGAGCUGUGAGGACGGAGGAGUGAGAUGCGAUUCGAAGGCGAGGAAAGAGAGAGAGAGGAAUCCUGUCACUUUCUCUUUUGCGCUUUUAUUUUUAUUUUGUUUGGACUGUUGUUGUACAUAAAGAGACUGAGCUGUAGAACUCUGCUUUUUUUUGUUUCAUAACACGCCUCAGCCUGAAUCCAAACUCUGAAUAUUGCACCUCAACCCUAAACCCCUCGCUUAACCUCUUGGCCCUUUAUUACACAAACAACACACACAAUUUCUCUCUUUCUCUUUCUCUCAUUCUCUUUCUGUAUCUCUCUAUAACACACACACACACACACACACACACACACACACACACACUUAUGAUUCACUUGAAAGUUAAGAGUGUGUAGAUCAGUGGAGUUUACAAAGAUAAACUUUAGCACCUUAUUGUCCAGUAGAGGUCAGGGUGGCUGUCAUUACGUUACCUCAUCAGUCACUCGAGCAGAGUAGGAUGUAAAGUACAUGCUAGAUAAUAGAAUGAAGACGAAUCAAAAUAACAAACCAAAAAAAAAAAAAAAAGCGAAACAAUGACUCACUAACCAUGUAGGACAGACGUUUUUACUUUCACCUCUGGAAUUGGACACUACACUGCGAUUUAAAAACACUCACAAACCAGUAGGAGACGAUAACUGCAUUUGUCACAUUGCUCACAUGCUGUAAAGACCACCACGCUGCACCUGUUUCAGUCCGCAACGAGGACGACCUGUAAGGACGGAGAGGUAAAGGAAGUGUACAAAUCCUCACGUGCUUAUUCUCAGACGCCCCCCCCUCUCCUCUUUUGCCUUGACUCAGAAGUUGUCUUGAUCUGUUGUGUGACGUUCAGGUGUUGAUGUUCAAAAACGUUCUCCUUGCACCUGAUUUUACCUCUUUAGACCACGAGUAGACCAUUGGACAACCCCGAACCUCUCCUGCCCGACUCCACUUGCAUUUAUUUUUACUCUUUUUUUUCCUGUAUAUAUGAGCAUACUUUUUACGUGUCAGAAGCAAUGAUAAUUCCAGGAUGCUGUUCUCAGUCUUUACUGUGUUCCCACCGGAACAGUGCGGCGACUGGCUGGGGACGUGUUGCACAUUCCUUGAGCUCAGGACUUAUUGCUAGUGUCGUUUUGUGGAUGCUGUGAGGCGCAGCCGGUCUUGUACGUCUCCCCAGUAGAGCAGUGUUUCGAACGUGGCCCGAAACCCCAAAGCUGGUGCAAACUGUACGUGAGGGAGAAGAAUCGUUUCUCAGCAUCAACCUGUCAGUCGUCUGUGUCACACUCUGUUCAUUUGACCAUGAUAUUGCUGUUCAGUGACUACCUAACCCAUGUCUGCACUUGUCAUCUUCUUCAAGCAUGUUUGUGUAUUUAACACUCAGUUGGUAUGUGAAAUAGCUGCUGCCGGAAAAAGAAUAGUUGGUUUGAACUGUGCAUGGGACAUGAGCUUAUAACACGAUUUUUCUUUACACCACAUUAACCUGUAGUGGCUCCUCAGUGAGUCUGGAGACUGUGCUCUUAAAUAAGAUGAAGACAGUGACAACACAUUAUUCAGCAGCAAUGUCAUGUGCUGCCAGCAUUGGGACCAGAUAGUUUGUAUGACAAAUCUGACUCAACUUCAAGGUGUGUACAGUGCAGUUACAACUGUUGCGUAGCCUGUAUAACUGGGCGCUAACAUCUCGGAGUAUUAAGCAGGACUUGAGGCACUCAGACACACUGUUGUUUCCCGCUUAUAUUGUCACAGGCUGCCAGAAACAACAGGACCAAAGUCAAGCCUCCCCAAGCACCAGGUGUUCAAGCACACAACUGUUCCACACACCAAUCAGUUGACUUGUCAACAUGUACUGUAUCUGAGAGAUGGCCUGUGAGUGUAGACUGGAGUUUCCCGUUCCUCAGGCGUCGACCUCGGGUCACUUCCACAUCUUUCUCUGAAGUAGAUUCACAAAGGGUGAAGUGAUCCCUCGUCUUUGCCUGUCAGAAGGACUACUUAUUUACCCAGAGUGUGACAGUAUGUAGCAUGUACAUAGAUGAUCCCUCACUCUGUAUAUACAAAAGUGUACAGGUUUGAUACAGCUAUUCACACUCUGGCUUUUUUCUUUUUUCUUUUUUUGCUUUUCCUUAAUGAAAGUCAUAGCAAUAUUUCUGUAAUCAAUAAAAAAAGCCAAGGUAAUAGGAAGAGUAUGAUUGCAUUUGUGUUUCUUUAGAGAGGGAGAAAUGACUGUGAAUGAUCAAACUGUGAGACUUGACUAAAGUGACGACAGGUUUUUUUUUUUUUUUUUCGUGUGUGUUUUUUCUUGCUGUUUAACAUGCUGGAUCCAAAAGGCUGGAGUGAAGUAUCAUGUUGCAAAGGAGUAUAACACACUGAUUAUUUUGAUUUUUAUCAAUGAAAGCCAUAAAGGUCAUAUAAAGGUGACAAAGGUCUUUGUGCGAAGUGUGUACCAUGUUUGAGCACAGACCUUAAGAAGCAAAAGGGGAUGUGUACACCUAAUGAAAAAAAAUAAUAAAAAUCAUGU